AUGGGAAGUGAGGUUCCUGGAAAGUUAUUUUAUGUGCGCUCGUUUAUUAUUCGCGGUGCUGCACUAUUACGGCAGUUAGUUGUGUUAGUUUUUUCUGCAACGCUUACUCCCCUGAUAUAUUUGUUCGAUAUAUUGGAUCAAAAGCACAGAAUUAGAGAUGAUUGGUACAUUAUAAAGUAUUUUCUAUGUCAGGUGUUAAUUUAUCUAUGGCAAUUAACUAAUGGCAAGUUCCAAAAUUGGUACCUAUUUGAGAAGCAGGCAUUUAAAUAUGGUCAAUACCCGUGCAUUAGUUAUACGAGGCCCUUGGCAACGAAAGGUGAGUUUAAAGUGGAAAUGUAUACAUACAGGGAGACAUAUGACAUAGUUUUAAAACUCUCUAAUGUACUUUUUAAUGAUUAUGGUGUACGGCCAGGGGAUCACAUUGCAUUGGAUUAUACAAAUAAGCCUAUGUUUAUUUUUCUAUGGCUUGCCUUAUGGAAUUUGGGAGCUACUCCAGCUUUCAUCAAUUAUAACCAGCUAGGACAACCAUUGGUUCACUCUAUUAAGAUUACAAAUGUCAAGCAGGUUUUCAUUGAUCCUCAGGCCAGUGGUCCAAUAAAGAAGACUGAAGAUGAUAUUAAGAAGGAGGUUCCAGAGAUUCAGUUGCAUUACAUAGACGAAGACAGUUUACUAAAAUUAAUAACAAGUGAGAAGACUCCUACUUUACGAAUGGAAAACAAAUUGAGAUCGCCAACCGGGUUGAGCGACUUUGACGCAGCAAUGCUAAUUUAUACAUCUGGCACGACUGGCUUACCUAAAUCUGCGAUCAUUUCAUGGAGAAAGGCUUCUAUAGGAUGUACAUUGUUCGGCCAUAUAAUGAGAAUUAAACCAAACAGUGUGGUACUCACAGCGAUGCCAUUAUAUCAUUCAACAGCUGCACUCCUUGGUGCAUGUGCCGCGAUAUCUCAAGGUGGGUGUGUUGCCAUUUCGAACAAAUUUUCUGUGAGCACAUUCUGGAAGGAAGCUUAUUUAACAAAGACCACGCAUAUACAGUAUGUUGGGGAAGUUUGCAGAUAUUUAUUGAAUUCCCCUAAGUCUGAAUAUGAAGAUAAACACCGCGUUAAAGUUGCAUAUGGUAACGGAUUACGCCCUGGGAUAUGGAUGGAGUUUAAGCGCAGGUUCAAUAUUGAUGUGAUAGGGGAGUUUUAUGCUUCUACAGAAGCACCUUUUGCAACAACUUCAUUCCAGCGUGGCGAUUUCGGUGUUGGAGCUUGCAGGAACUAUGGUACUAUUAUAAAUUGGUUUUUGGCGUGUGAACAAACUUUAGUUAAGAUGGAUGCCGAAGAUGAUUCCGUUGUAUAUAGGGAUCCAAAUGGUUUAUGUAAAAUGGCUGAUGUUGACCAACCUGGUGAAUUAUUGAUGAGGAUAUUUAUGUCUAAAAAGCCAGAAACCUCGUUCCAAGGCUAUCUAGGUAACAAGAAAGCUACUGAGUCUAAGGUUUUGCGCAAUGUUUUCCGCAAGGGCGAUGCAUGGUAUAGGUCUGGGGACCUUUUGAAAGCGGACAAAGACGGAUUAUGGUAUUUUGUUGAUAGAUUAGGAGACUCAUUUAGAUGGAAGUCCGAAAAUGUGUCCGCUACAGAAGUUGAAAAUCAAAUCCUAAAGUUUAGCAAGGACGUGUUUGAAUGUGUUAUUGUUUUGGGUAUGAAAAUACCGCAGCAUGAGGGAAAAGCAGGUUUCGCAGUUAUUCAGUUAAAGGAUGACUUUCAAUCCAUCAAUCGCGUAGAAUUGCUUAAUGAGCUAUUAGAGCACUUGAACAACGCGCUACCAAAGUACGCUUUGCCAAUAUUUGUGAAGUUUGUCCCCCAUAUUGAGACUACUCACAACCACAAGCUUCCUAAGAAAGAGUAUAAGAACCAGAAAUUCCCGUCUGGGGAAUCAGGGGAUGAGACCAUAUAUUGGUUAAAAGAGUACAAAGAAUAUAAGGUUUUGGAGCAGAGCGACUGGGAUCUAAUUACAAGUGGCAAAAUGAGAUUAUAG